AUGUGGGUCUGUUUCCAGGUAAUUCAGACAUUGCCCUUUUGUUACAGUUUCUCUUCCUCUGGUGAUGUAGCCUGCAUGGCUAUCUGCUCCCACCAGUGCCCAGCAGCCAUGGCCUUCUGCUUCCUGGAGACCCUGUGGUGGGAAUUCACCGCUUCUUAUGACACCACCUGCAUUGGCUUAGCCUCCAGGCCAUAUGCUUUUCUUGAGUUUGAUAGCAUCAUUCAGAAAAUGAAGUGGCAUUUUAACCAUGUAAGUUCCUCUCAAAUAAACAGCAGCUUGGAAAAAGUUCAGGAGGAACUUGAGUUCCAGCCUCCAGUGGUUCUUACUCUGGAGGACAUAGAUGUGGCUAACGGGAUGAUGAACGGACACACCUCGGUGCACUUGGAGCCUGCUCCUAAUUUCCGGAUGGAGCCAGUGACAGCCCUGGGUAUCCUUUCCCUUGUUCUCAACAUCAUGUGCGCUGCCUUGAACCUCAUCCGUGGAGUUCACCUUGCAGAGCAUUCCUUAGAG